CUGCCCGGAAGUGCUCCUCCUGCCGGAACCUGUCCCCUUAGCCGCUUGCUCUCUUUCCGCCGCCAUCUUGGGCCCUGCUCCCCGCACAAAAUGCCCGGCGAAGCGACAGAAACCGUCCCGGCCACCGAGCAGGAGCUGCCGCAGCCGCAGGCUGAGACAGGGUCCGGAACAGAGUCUGACAGUGAUGAAUCAGUACCAGAGCUCGAGGAGCAGGACUCCACGCAGGCCACGACGCAGCAGGCACAGCUUGCAGCAGCAGCUGAGAUAGAUGAGGAACCUGUGAGCAAAGCCAAGCAGAGCCGGAGCGAGAAGAAAGCGAGGAAGGCCAUGUCGAAGCUGGGCCUGCGCCAGGUGACAGGGGUGACCAGAGUCACCAUCCGCAAGUCCAAGAACAUCCUCUUCGUCAUCACCAAGCCAGAUGUGUACAAGAGCCCUGCCUCAGACACCUACAUCGUCUUUGGGGAGGCAAAGAUCGAAGACCUGUCCCAGCAGGCCCAGCUGGCAGCUGCCGAGAAGUUCAAAGUGCAGGGAGAGGCAGUUUCAAACAUCCAGGAGAACACACAGACCCCCACAGUGCAGGAGGAGAGCGAGGAAGAGGAGGUUGACGAAACUGGCGUGGAGGUGAAAGACAUUGAGCUGGUGAUGUCCCAGGCCAACGUGUCCCGGGCCAAGGCCGUCCGCGCACUCAAGAACAACAGCAACGACAUCGUAAAUGCCAUCAUGGAGUUGACGAUGUAGCUGCCAGAGGGAGGAACUUUUUUGGUGUUUCAGAGCGAAGUAAAAUACAACUAAAUUUAAAAUUUGUACUAUUUCUAUCCUUAAUAAAAGUUGUGGCUUAUUGUUGGUGAAA